AUUUUCCCUAUCCCUCUAUUCUCUCCCUUCUCGGCUCUUCCAGGUACACGCCCUUUGACUUGUCGGGGGGGAAAAGUUUAAGAAAAACUACAGCACGGAAGAGAUUCCACAGACGUCUAGUUUAGCAAGUUUGCUGGCUCAGAGAGAGAGAAAAAGGAGAGAGAGGCGGACUGAAGAGAAGGAAAGUGAGAAUAGCCUAAGAAAAACAGGGAAAAAAAAAGUUUCGUCGAUUCUCUUUAGGUCAAUAAUUUACGGGCUCAUGGAGUCGGCCAUUAAGACAGUGGUGGAGGUGUACCUGAAGUUCGCCGGGACGAAGGAGAACCUGAGUGGGAGCGCCUUCCAGAAGAUGGUCAAGAAACAGCUGGGCAACAUCAUGACGGACACGGACAGUUCCGGCGCCAUCAAGGAGAUGCGUCAGGGGCUGGACGACAACCAAGACGGGAAAGUCAGCUUCCCGGAGUACAUGACCCUGGUGGGGUACCUGGCGAACACGCUGAGCGAACAGAAAGUCAAGGACCAGGAGGCGGCAGGGGGCGCACCGGCAGCUCAGGAGAUCCCGUAGACCCCUUACCCUGCCAGGCCACGUUCACACACCCCACUCCACCAUGUUAACAUGUGCCAGCUAUAUACCGUAAUAUACGAAUCAUCAUACCCCAGUAUAACCGUACACUGCGUAACUUGAUUAAUCCGUCUCGCCAUUUUGCAUUUGCUGCUUGUUUUUUUUUUGCCAGUGCAAGUUGUUUUGUUUUUGUUUUUUUUGCAUUGGGUGGCAUAGAGGGGCCAGGCUUAGUGUAAUGCCAAAGGGAAGAUUUGGGCUGUGUAGAAUUCUGGAAGAUUGGGCGGUGUAGGAUUCUGGAAGAUUGGGCUAUGUAGAAUUCCGGAAGACUGGGCGGUUUAGAAUUCCGAGAGAUUGGGCUGUAUAGAAUUCCUAAAACUGUUGGAGCUGUUCAUGGGCGCUUCCGGGAGAGUGAAUGUGCUUUGUGAGAAGUUUACACUAUCUGACAUUGUGGCUUUUACAGACAGGAGUAGCGCAAGCUUUUGUGCACUUUGCAUUGCUUAUUUUAAUUUUUGAUAUUCCGCAUAAAAUUGUGUUCAAUGUUAGUGGAGGCCAUUAGUCAAUGCUAGCUUCAGGUAAAAUAUUUUGGGCGUGUAAUGGCUUCCAGUUAAAUAGCAUAAACCACGGAGUUGAUGAAAACCAUGCUGUGUAGCAUAAAUUGCUAUUGCAGUUCUGGGAAUAGCAUACAGUAUAGAUGUGCACCUCGCUAAUUUACCAUGUUAAAGCACACCACACAGCAUACUGAGAGCAGUUACGCACAUACCCUGCAAAAAAAAACAAAAAAUAAGUCUAUCUUAACAAGUAUUUUAGCCUUAUAUUUAGACUUAAAAUCUUAUUUCAAUUAUUGUUUUACUAAAUGCGACAAAAAUAUAGCUAGCUAGCUGGAGACAAUUUUACUCAUUUUUAAAUUUGCCAACCGGAUGAGAAGCAAGAAACUAACAUAAAACAAGCUAAUAUGUUCUACUUGAGAGUGUACUGUGUAUCACGCUGUAUUAGCAUACUGAUACACUGACAUUUGGAUGCUCAAUACUUCCUAGCCAUUUUUGCACUGCCUUCCCAGUUCUGUACAGCACUAUGUGUAUUAGCCUUGUUUCCAUAGCAAAUAAUGGAGUCUGGUGAAGACAAUCUGGCUAAUCAGUAACACCAACUAAAACCAGAGCCGGAUGUGGAUUUGAGGGCCAGACUUGAUGAUCCCUGCUGUAGAGGUAGAGGUGCAUUUGCUGUCUGUCGCGCAGCUAAUCCUAGCGACUCUCGUAAAAACUGGACGUGUACAUUUAGGCCUUUAGCGAACGCUCUUAUCCAGAGCUAUUCAAACACGGGCGUAUAGCAGCGCUAGCAAAAUAGCGCCAGACCCAGAACUGGACUUCUCCUGGCCCUACGCCGCCCUUCGUGAGCGCGAGGUGGGCGGGGCUGCGCGAUGCGCUAACGUGCUAACGCACUCCGUCGCUUUGCGCGCCUUGUCGGGCAGGUCGCAGGUCACCAUACCUGGCUUAUUGAUAGCUUUUUUUUUCUUUUUUUUCAAUUAGCAUUGGACCAAGGCCUGGAAUAUCAGGUGCAUGCCAUCUCAUCCAUAUAAUGGCUCCGGGUAAAUAAUUUAGGGGCCCGGAGGCAAUGAACACCAGGGGACCCCUGUGGCCCUCGGGGGCUGAAAAUAGUCCUUUCUUUGGGAGGGAUAACCUUCUGUCCCUGGGCCCCGGAGGGACACAGUGACGGCUGAUCCCGCUAAACGCGCCUUUUAGCGACACACUCCUGGCUAAUCCCGCUAAACACUCUCCUUCGGUGACACUCUCGCACUCGCUAAACGCACUCUUUGAGUGACACCCUCCUAAUCACCCCCGCGGUCCUACACACGCAAUCCUCCAGGCUCAAAAGCCGCACAGCCUCCACCCCGGAUGACGACCGACAACCGUAAUGACAAUCGCAAACGUUAUCCUGACACCCAUCCACUCGCCCUGACACCCAUGCAUAAAUGCACGCCGGCACCCGGACACUGUGCUUUUUCCAUCUGGCCGCGUAGCCUUUGGAUUGUAUAUAACCUUCCCCACCCCGUAUCGUUUUACCGGACUCGUUUUUCCAACACUUAGCGCACUUGCAUAACCGCCAACCCGGGCCGGCGUGAGAGGUCCAGACGGCAACACGCUAAACACACACACACACGCGUGAUUGCUUUACCCCGCCACUUACAGACUCCGUCUGAAACGCUAAACCGCGCAUUAGCUCGAGCCAGAAUUAGCCGCGCGCUAAGCACCCCCCGCCCCACCUCCUGAGCUGGACGUAUACCUUUACAGGUGGAUCUGUCUGGGCCUCCCUUAAUCUCUGCGCAUUAUAGUACGGGACACCUGCUUCGGCUGUCCCGCGUCGUUGUGUGUGCUGCAAUUUGUAAACCACUGCUUGCUGAAAGUUCAGACGGGCUAGCAGACGCUCGGUCAUCGACGGGGGUUGGAGGGAGUUUCAGUUUCAACUCACUCAAUUGAGGUAACUAAUUGCAUUUAAUGCCAAUUAAUUAAAUCAUUUGGGGCGGAAAGGAAGGCCUUCUUUGUGAGUUUGCUCAUUGAAAUUUCGACUCGAUUCCUGAGCGGGCCGAAUUAAAGUGGAAUUGAAACUCCAAACCCUCGGCUUUGACUGGAGUUAGGCCAGCCUUCCCCAGCUUAGACACACCGCACCCACCCCCACCCCCACUACCCCACACACCAGGGCCACUGCCUCCAUCCACGAACAACCACUAAGCCCUGUGUGUGUGAUGUGCCUUCACUUGCUGUGACUGAUGAGUGUUCACAGUGCUCUCUUACCUGGCAGCAGCACAGCAUGUAUGCACCCCUGUGUCUGUUAAAGCAAAUUAUAAUAAUAAUAAAAUACUGUGAAAAGUA